AGAGAGAGAGGGAGAGGGAGAGGGAGAGAGAGAGUGAGAGAGAGAGAGAGGUGUUUCAGAAAAGGAAAAGAAAGGUACUUCUUUUUAUCCCACAUUCUGAUCAUUCAUUCCAGUUGGUUUUGCAGUGAAACCAACUGGGAUUCACCUCAUUUCUACCCAUGAUGAGAUUUUGUGGGAUAAAGUUUUGAUCUUGAUGCUUCUUUCUUGAUUUUCUGUUUAGUUGCUGUUGUACUGGUGGGUGAAAUAGGACCCUGAUAUAGAAAGAAUACAGAGGGAAAAACUGGAUAUAGGAAAAGAAAAGAAAGAGCUUCUUUUUUCUGUUCCAUUCAGUGAUUCCAUUACAGCUAACAUCUGGUCUCUUUUUUGUAAACCACUUGUUGUCUUGGCAUGAUUGUACUUUUUCUGUGUUCUUUAUAUCAAGUAAGCUGGGGUUUUUAUUGCUUCUGAGUGAGUAAAAAUCCAAUCUUUAGUUGCUAGGAGCAAGAAAUAACAAAGAUUGACGGACCAGGGAUAGUUUACUCAGUUGCAGUGAGUAAUUGGAGCCUUUUUUUUAAUUCAAGAAUCUGCUUUUCUGUCUGCCUGCCCCUUCUUGGGGUUUCCACUAAAGGGGUUGAUUAGGAGUUUGUAGAGGUGGGUUUUGCAGCAGAAUCUUGAAAGUAAUCAAUUUUCAGCUUUCUGUUGGAAUUAUGAGAUGUGUUUGCUUGAGAAUUGCUGAAAUUCAGGUCAAUUAUUGACUUUUAAUGAGCUUUUCUGCUCUGAGUGGGUUUGCUCUUAAGCUUUCAAGGCAUUUUCUGAAGAUAUGUAGGUGGAUUCUAUUAAAGAUGUCCUUAAAUUGCAAAUUGUUGGGCAUGAAUGGGAGCUUCUCUUCAAGUUUUAGGCUGAAGAAGGCCAGAGAGUCUUUGCCAGGACCAAACUGUGGGUGGAGAUGGCAAAGGAAGCUUUUGUUUUUAUGGCUCAUUUUCUUUGGAAUUGGAUUUUUUUGGUUGGUCAUUAGCUUAAAUGGUGGUGUUUAUAGUUGGAAGCAGGAGGCUUCAGAACUAAAUGAAGAUAAAUCUUAUUUUCUUCUUGAACGUUUCAAUGUCAGCAAGGAACAAAUUCAAGAUUUAGCUACCUUAUUCUUUGAUAAAGAUCAGAUUUCAUCCUUGGAAUGCUCAAAAGGUCAUGGGCAUGAAAUGCCUAUGAUUACUACUAUUACUUGCCUUCUCAAGGUGCUAGGUUCGGAGAGUCUGGAAUAUGAACAGCAAUAUGAGAUGGUUGUAGACAAUAUUGAAGCAAAAGGCCAGUGCCCAGUUCCAGAUGAGGAGACACUGAAAAAUAGUGACAUUUCACUAGAUGACAAGUCGUUACCAUAUGUUUUGCAUCGUUUAUCUUCUCUAGUCUCAACAGAUCCUAAGUUCUUUGAAAAGAAAGCAUCACAAAUAAGAGAAGUUGGGAAUCUUAACCCAGAGCAUUGUGAUAGUAUUGCCUUCUGUUUCACAAAACUAUGCUGGUGGGUCCUUCUUGGGAUUGUGAUCAGCUGGAAGAUACUUCUGUUAUGUGCAAAAGGUGGGGAAAAUCAACAGAACGGAUUCAUUCAGCAGCAACCACUGUCUCAACAACUUCAUCCACUACAGCAGUUGCAGCAGCAGCAAGCUCAGAUUUCCUCUCGAACUGGUGGGAAGUGGAGGAAGAAGGCUCUUGUUAUCUUUGUCUUUGGUGGGGUGAUCCUAGCCAUCUGGUUGUAUUUGUACCUGAGUGCAGACAUUGCAUUGAGGAGGAAAGAAACACUGACAAGCAUGUGUGACGAACGAGCACGAAUGUUGCAGGACCAGUUCAACGUAAGCAUGAACCAUGUUCAUGCAUUGGCUAUUCUUGUUUCCACAUUUCACCAUGGAAAACACCCUUCUGCAAUAGACCAGAAAACUUUUGAAGAAUAUACUGAGAGAACAGCUUUUGAAAGGCCACUUACAAGUGGUGUUGCCUAUGCUUUAAGGGUUCGUCACUCAGAGAGAGAAGAGUUUGAGAAGCUGCAUGGGUGGACUAUAAAGAAAAUGGAAUCAGAGGACCAAACUUUAGCACAGGAUUAUAUCCCUGCAAACUUGGAUCCUGCUCCUGAUCAAGAUGAAUAUGCACCUGUCAUAUUUUCACAACAAACAGUUUCCCAUAUAGUCUCUAUUGAUAUGAUGUCUGGAAAGGAAGAUCGUGAGAACAUUUUGCGAGCAAGGGCUUCUGGCAAGGGGGUUUUGACGUCACCCUUUAAGCUAUUGAAAUCCAAUCACCUGGGUGUUGUUCUUACAUUUGCGGUCUAUAAUACUCAUCUCCUUCCUUGUGCUACCUCAGUGGACCGCAUCAAUGCUACUGUUGGGUACAUUGGUGCUUCUUAUGAUGUUCCAUCAUUAGUCGAAAAGCUUCUGCAUCAGCUUGCAAGCAAGCAAACUAUUGUGGUAGAUGUUUAUGAUACAACUAACAAGUUUGCUCCAAUUAAAAUGUAUGGCAUGGAUGAGAACGACACAGGAUUACCUUACGUUAGCAACCUUGAUUUUGGGGAUCCUGCAAGGAACCACGAGAUGCAUUGCAGGUUCAAGCAGAAACCUUCUCCACCCUGGACUGCAAUAACUCUAUCUGUCGGAGUCCUUGUUAUCACUCUGCUUAUUGGUCAUAUCUUCCAUGCUGCCAUCAACAGAAUUACUGAAGUUGAGGGUCAGUAUCAGGAAAUGAUGGAGCUCAAACAUCGUGCUGAGGCUGCAGAUAUAGCAAAAUCUCAGUUUCUUGCAACGGUUUCUCAUGAAAUCAGGACUCCGAUGAAUGGUGUUUUAGGCAUGCUUCAAAUGCUCAUGGACACGAACCUUGACCUAACACAACUGGAUUAUGCACAAACUGCUCUUGCUAGUGGGAACGAUCUGAUAUCAUUGAUUAAUGAGGUGCUGGAUCAGGCUAAGAUUGAAUCAGGAAGGCUUGAGCUGGAGGCUGUUCCUUUUGAUCUCCGUGCUGCACUUGAUAAUGUUUCAUCACUCUUCUCAGGAAAAUCUCAUAAAAAAGGGAUUGAGUUGGCUGUUUAUGUUUCUGACCUAGUCCCAGAAGUUGUUAUCGGAGAUCCAGGACGGUUCAAGCAGAUAAUUACGAAUCUAGUUGGAAACUCAGUUAAGUUCACAAAUGACAAAGGGCACAUAUUUGUCACAGUACAUUUAGCUGAUGAAGUGAGGAACCCUCAUGAUGUGACGGAUGAAGUCUUGAAACAAAGCUUAACCUUUGUUCAAGAAAGGUCAAAUGCAUCUUGGAAUACCUUAAGUGGAUUUCCUGUAGUUGACAGAUGGCAAAGUUGGCAAAAGUUUGAUAGGCUGAGCACCACAGAGGAAGAAGUGGGAAAGAUCAAGUUGUUAGUGACCAUAGAAGACACUGGUGUGGGAAUUCCUCUUGAAGCACAGGCCCGCAUUUUCACACCUUUUAUGCAGGCUGACAGUUCAACAUCUCGAACAUAUGGUGGAACAGGGAUAGGAUUGAGCAUUAGCAAACGUUUGGUGGACCUAAUGGGGGGAGAAAUAGGCUUUUUCAGUGAACCUGGCAGAGGGAGUACAUUUUCAUUCACUGCAGCCUUCACAAGAGGAGAAGAAGGUUCUUUAGAGCGUAAAUGGAAACAGUAUGAUCCAGCUUUUCCAGAAUUUCGUGGGUUAAGAGCAUUGGUGAUUGAUGAUAAAAGCAUUCGGGCAGUGGUCACAAAAUACCAUUUGCAGAGACUGGGAAUAUGCGUCAACAUAACUUCCACAAUGCGUUCAGCCUGUUCAUAUCUCUCUAAUUACUCCAAUACUAGCGCAUUGGAACAUUUAGCCGUGGUUUUUGUUGACCAAGAUAGUUGGGAUAAAGAAACUUCUCUUACACUAAGUAAUAUGUUGAAAGAGCUCAAACCAAAUGGCUCAACUACUACUUUGGGGAAGCCUCCAAAAAUCUGUCUCUUAUGUAUGAGCUUUAUGGAGAAAGAUGAUCUUAAAUCAGCUGGAAUUGUGGACCACGUGUUAACAAAACCUGUGCGGUUGAGUGGGUUGAUAACAUGCUUUCAAGAAGCCAUUGGCUACCAAAAUAAGAAGCGAGUGACUCAACCUUCAACUCUUGGAAGUCUGCUGACAGGAAAGCAUAUAUUGGUGGUAGACGAUAAUAAUGUAAACAGGAGAGUGGCAGAAGGUGCUCUAAAGAAGUAUGGGGCGAUAGUGACCUGUGUAGACAGUGGAAAGGCUGCUUUGACACAUCUUAAGCCACCACACAAUUUUGAUGCUUGUUUUAUGGACCUCCAAAUGCCUGAAAUGGAUGGGUUUGAAGCGACACGACAAAUACGCGAUCUAGAAAACAAAUACAAUGAAAAGGUCGAUUCUGGUGAGUUACUUCCCGGCAUGUCUGCCAGAGUGGCUCAUUGGCACACGCCAAUAUUAGCAAUGACAGCAGAUGUAAUUCAAGCAACAAAUGAAGAGUGCAUGAAGUGCGGUAUGGAUGAUUAUGUAUCAAAACCGUUUGAAAAAGGGCAGCUUUAUUCAACAGUGGCACGCUUCUUUGGGUCAGGUUGAUUAGGACAUCACAUUAACUGUGCAGCAGCAUCUUUUGAGGUCCAGUCUUAUGGUUUAGUUAACUUGUUUCCGGGAUAAAAGGACUAAGCUAUUUGGAUAUCUAACGGAUUCCUCCAUUGGUAGUGGAGGACGGAGCUUUGGCCAGUCAGAUGUGUGACAGCUGACUCCCACUCUUGCUGCUGGAUGAUUUAGCAGCUCAUCCUAAACACCUCCAUCUUCCUUUUGUGGAAUGCUGGCUAACAACCACUAGAUACAGAAAAUUAAUCAUGUAUACUCCCGGAUUGCAACCCAAUCACUGACGAAGACUAUUCCAUCAUGUGGCAACUCUCACGAGGAUGCAAUAAGAGAGGAAAACUUAUUCAUAUGCAUAUUACACCUUUUCUAUGUGAAGUUCCUGACAAUUGAAGCCAGUUUGCUAACUCCCUUGAAGCAGGGUUGUGCCAAAACACUCGUGUUUCUUCGUAGGUCCAGAGAUGUAUCCUGUGUUUCAGGUGCUCUAAUAGAAAAAGAAGCAUGUAAAUAGCAUAGAAGUUUGACAAGGGAAGCAGGUUCAGGUAUGCAAACAAUUUUUUUCUUUAAUUUCACCUGAGUAGUGGUUGAGUUUAGGAAGUAAAUUCUGGCUGUUAUGAGAUCAGAUUAGAUUAGGCUAGACCUACACUGAAAGUUUUUCUUCUUUUGUAAGUGUUUCUGUAGUGAAUCAAAAAGUAUAUUUAAACUGUAGAUUGUGUAAUAUUCUGUAUAUAAAGAUGCUGAAAAUAGGUUGAGUUUGGUGUUGCAAGUGAAAUAGUUUGAACUGUUGAAUACUAAAAUGUAACAUAUCCUUUGGAGUGAAUAUCAAUUCUUGCAUUGUU